AUGAAGGAUCCAGCUAUUAUUCUUGCAAAGCUGCAAGACCGUUUCGUACCAGUGCGGAAUAUUCUGCAUGAGAGAUACAUUUUCCAUAACACUGAACAGCAAGUACAUGAAACUAUUGACCAGUUUCUUAUAAAGCUCAGGCAAUUAGCUGAGUCAUGUAAUUUUGGAACACUAGAAGAUGAAAUGGUGAGAGACCGUCCGAUUCUUGGCUGUCGGGACAGUGCGGCCAGGACCAGGCUUUUCCGUGAAAAGAUUACUCUCAAGAAAUCUAUAGAGUCCCUUUGUAUAAGUGAGACCACAAGUGGACAACUGAAGGAAAUAAAGAGAGAGGACAAUCAAGAGCCUGUCAAUUAUGCUCAGAGAGAAGAUGCAAAGAAACGGAAUGUUCCAAAAUCAGUAGAUCGACAAAGAAGAGAGAGAGCAGGAGCCAACUCAAGCAAGGUGACAAAUGCAAGUAUUGUGGUGGAGCUCAUGAACGGGACAAACAUACUGUAAGUGCAUGUCCAGUUUUUGGAAAGUCGUGCCGAAAGUGUGGAAAGGCGAAUAAAUUCCAAUCAGUUUGCAUGCAGAAGCAAGGAGUUAACCUUAUGAAUAAAGAAUCGGAUGACGAGUAUGCAUUUUAUGUCGAAACUGUUGAUGCAAUAAGACAUGCGGAAAGAAAGAGUUAUUUUGUAUCCCUUUCCCUUUGGGAUAAGGACGGUGGUGAAAGUCAAAUCCAGUGCCACCUUGACACAGGGGCCACCUGUAAUGUAAUGUCAUGUCCUUCAAUACCUUAUGUGAAAUCAAGCAGAGUGGAAGCCCAGUCAUGCAGCCAACUAACACCAAAUUAA